GGAAAACAUCAGUAACCCUGCAUAACUCGUUCAAACACCCAUUCUAUUCUCAGUUCCAUUAAGAACAUGGGUCUAUUAUCGGAAAUUGGUUUAGUCCUUUUAAUCUGUGGGAUACCCGUUGCACAAGGUUUUUCAUAUGAACGCCCUGAGGAAUGGAGGAAUGAAAAUCCAAGCUGUGAUGGUAAAUCACAAUCACCAAUUAACAUUGAUUACAAUGAAAACGACGUAUUAAUGCAGGAUAUAAUAUCGCUCAAGUGGAAUGGGUAUGAAAACACACCCGAUAUUAUGACCGGGGCUAAUAACGGACACACAAUCAAAAUCAUUCCCAAGUGGGCGGAUGAAUCUAGAAGACCCUAUUUAUCUGGUGGACCUCUCAGUAGUCGAUACGUUCUCCAAGAAUCCCACUUUCAUUGGGGGGCGGAUAACAAUGUUGGAAGCGAACACACGGUCAAUGGAAAAAAGUUCGUCCUUGAGGCCCACAUGGUACACUGGAAACUCGAUUACGGUUCAUUCUCAGCAGCCGUUGAACAACCUGAUGGACUCGCAGUAGUUGGAUCGUUCUAUGAUAUCAACAAUAUACAGGACAAAUGUUCAUGUGCCGUUAAUGACAUCGUAAAUAUCGCCUCGAUACUCUCGGAAGAAGGCAAAGACGCAGACAUAGUUCCAUUCCCAAUAUCGAAGUUUGACGUAGUCAACACUACCGAUGUCAUAGCAAGUUACCAAGGAUCUUUGACGACUCCUGGAUGCAAUGAAGCAGUUACGUGGAUGUUGGCGAUUCAUGGAUAUCCGAUCUCAGAAGUUCAAAUGAAAGUAUUGAGAAGUGUUCAACUGCAUCAUGGCGAAAAUCAUAACUAUCGUCCAGUCCAGCCCCUAAAUGGUCGUCAAGUUUCAUUUUUCCAUUGAGAAUGGUAGUACUCCAAUGCUUGUAGAUGGAUUUUCUAUUCAAAUGGCAACUGGACCAAUGUCGGAAAGACUGGAAGUUUCAAAGUUGAUUACGAUGAUGCUUUACGCAGAUAAUCAACCAUUCAUAUCCUGUGAAUAAUCUAACAAACUAUCAUUACAUAUUAACAAAUGGGUGGUAUUCUUCAAUAUUCACUGGAGGACAAAACGUUGUCACACUUGGCUUAUGACUAACUAAGCUUACAUUUCGGAAUUGAUAAAAUUACGUUCUUCGCACUUUGCCAUGUAAAAUAAGACUUACGAGAUAUAUGCCAAUAAACGAUAAUUACAUGAA